ACCAAACCGAAGUCUCUGAGCUUCUUGUUCCUCAAAAACCUCUGAAUGGUAAAACCCAGACUCCUUUUCUUAGCACAAACAAGACUUCUCCUAAAGCUCAGCUAAUUAAAGUUAAACUGUCUCAUGGCUCUCAAAGCAGCCUCUCUACUUCCCUCUUCUAUCUCCGUCUACAAAGAGGGCAAGUCCAUUGCUUCUUUCAAGGAGACUGGUUUCUUUGGAUGUUCAUUCUCACUUCCAAACCACCUCAAAGCUGACUGCAACUAUUCUUUAAUCAGAAGCAAGGAACUCAGGAGAAGAGAAUUACCCAUUGGAACAAUAAAAGCCCAGACGGCUACUACAACUCCAGCAAUUGCUGAGGCAGGACCAGAAGCAAAGAAAACAUUGAGAAAGGGUAAUGUGAUAAUCACUGGAGCCUCAUCCGGGUUGGGUCUGGCCACAGCCAAGGCUUUAGCAGAAACUGGGCAGUGGAACGUAAUUAUGGCAUGUAGGAACUUCCUUAAGGCCGAAAGGGCUGCUAAAUCAGCUGGCAUUCCAAAAGAGAACUACAAAGUUAUGCAUCUUGACCUUGCCUCCCUUGAUAGCGUCCGACAGUUUGUAGAUAACUUUCGCCGGUCAGGUAUGCCGCUUGAUGUGCUGGUGUGCAAUGCUGCUGUCUAUUUACCUACUGCCAAGGAGCCAUCUUUCACAGCUGAUGGGUUUGAACUCAGCGUUGGAACUAAUCAUCUUGGUCACUUCCUACUCGCACGGCUUCUGCUUGAUGAUGUGAAGCAAUCAGACUACUCAUCCAAGCGACUCAUCAUUGUCGGCUCCAUAACAGGAAACACGAACACAUUGGCUGGGAAUGUGCCUCCAAAAGCUAACCUUGGAGACCUGAGAGGACUUGUGGGUGGCUUGAACGGGCUAAACAGCUCAUCAAUGAUAGAUGGGGGAGAAUUUGACGGUGCCAAAGCCUACAAAGAUAGCAAAGUCUGCAACAUGCUCACAAUGCAAGAAUUCCACAGGCGCUACCAUGAAGAGACAGGAGUCACCUUUGCUUCUCUCUACCCUGGUUGCAUUGCAGAAACUGGCUUGUUCAGGGAGCACAUUCCCUUGUUCAGGCUUCUAUUCCCACCAUUCCAAAAGUACAUUACUAAAGGAUAUGUUUCAGAAGAAGAAGCUGGAAAAAGACUUGCACAGGUUGUAAGUGACCCAAACCUUGCAAAAUCAGGUGUUUACUGGAGCUGGAACAAGCUUUCUUCUACAUUUGAAAACCAAUUGUCACAAGAAGCCAGUGAUGCAGAGAAAGCAUUAAAGCUUUGGGAGAUUAGUGAAAAGCUUGUUGGGUUACCAUAAAGGUGCACAAAAAGAUGAUUACAGAACCCAUAGUUCUCACAGGAACGAUGAACAAAUAUGGUCUUGGCAGGAAAGCUCGAAGAAUGAAUUCUGCUUUUGUAAAUGCAAGAAAUUAUUUGGAAUGAGAUGAGACAAUAAACACAUCCCUAUCUGACUGGUAUCGUCUGCAAAUGGAAGAUUUUGUACCCCUACAGUUUGCAUAUGCCAUUUUUCCUGGAAAGAGGCCCAAAAUUAGGUUGCAUACAUGAAUUGGAAUAACAAUCCGACAAAAUAAAAUGAACUUUUGUUAAUUAAA